AUGAAAGUGGCUAAAGCAGAGCGGGGAAAAUCGCCGUCGAGCACCGGCCCGGCGACCGCAGCAAAAGCGGUGCCCAAAGCCACCGCAGGCGCCGCCCCGCGCGCCACCCACAUGUGUGGUUACGACUUCUACCAGGGUACUCCGGCCUCCAAGGGUUCCUCAGACCUCGGACUCCGCCUACUCGGGCCUCCAGAAGACCACCCACUCUCCCUCGAUGAAGCGGCAGACGUUUGGAGCAUCAUCCUCGGUCUGGCCCUGGAGGAAAAAGUGGAUGGUGUGGGCCUGAUCAUUGAGGACAGCGUGGCAGAGGAGAGGGAAAGACAAGAGGCGGAGAAGGCGAUGCCUCCUCUCUUAUGCAGACCACUGGUCACAACUGCAAAUGAUUGGACGCACUACUUGCUUGACUUGAGGAGUGCCCUCGAGAGCAUGACGAAAGGGGCUCGCCUGGCAAACGCUCGCCUGUUGUGGCGGUGGUUGGACCACCGUUGCACUGAUGAGGCACGCGGCUUCUGCGUGGGGCAUAUGCCUGGCCGGGUCGCCGACAUAUUGUCGCUCCUUGUAGCUGCCAUGGAGAGUGCAAAAGAUGAGCAAGAUGUCCCAGCACACCACCUUGACUUGUGCACUGUGUGGUACAGGAGGAUGGCUCUCUUUUUGCCGACCCAUGGUGGCAGCCGCAAGGGGCAGGGUCUCCCAGUACUCGAUGGCAUGCCGCACCCAGUGCUGGCACAACAUCCGCUGCCGGACAUGGGGUCGGACUCGGAGGCAGGCGAUACAGAGGCACGACGAGCCAUGCGCACAAACAGAGCGCACUUCAGGGACUUUGACGGGGUGCUUGAGGAGAAUCGCCUCGAGGCUGCCGCAGAGGAAGCUGAAAACGCUGCCUUGCAGGAGAUUUUGGACCGCGACCUUGAGGCUGAGCACGAGGAGGUUCAAGCCUCGGCGGACCGAUGGAUGGAAGAUGAAAGCCUCCUCAGUUCUUUGUCUGCGUCUGAGUACCAGGCCUGGGAACGGCGAGCGAUGAAGCGAGCCCUGACAGAAACUCCUGCGCGGAACUUGGAUGUGGAAGGUCAGUCGGAGACUCCGUAUGCCUCUCCCAAGAGAAGGGCUUGUCUUCAGCCUUACAGCCGGGUUACCGUGGAAGAUGAAUCUGUGUCCACUCCGCCUACACACGCGGACACAGCGCCUGAAGCUGGGGUCGGGGCGUGGCCUAUUCCUCUACAUGAGUCUGCAGGGGUCACGCAAGUGCUGGGUGAAACAGCUGGACCUCCUGGCUCCUCUGAUGAAGAUACGGUGUUGGUGGCACCGCCUGCAUCUGCUGUGUCGACAGGGGUUGCAGGGGUUGCCUCUACUUCCUUGGGUGCGAGCAAUGGGGUUGGGUCAGAUGUUGCUGCCGAAAUGCAUUUCCAGAUGCCUGACCUGAGUAUGGAGCAGUACCAGCACUUGUAUCAGCAGUGGCUCUCGGGGCUUGUUACCUUGGCUGAGGUGGAAGAAGGUCAUGGGCGGGAGGUUAGGGAGAUGAUGGAACUCCAGAUGGUUGCCGAAGCAAGAGGAUUGGAGACGCAAGUGUGA